UCAACAAUAUGCAUUUCCACUAGUGAAAAUUACAUUCCUAAUAUCAAGAAUUAGUAUUCUAACUAGUGAAAAUUUAAUUGUUGAUAUCAACAAUUCAUAUCCUGCGAAUUAAUAAAAGCUAAAACGGUUUGCCAUACCCUCCCUCUGUGUGUGUGUGUGUGUGUGUGUGUGUGUGUGUGUGUGUGUGUGUGUGUGUGUGUGUGUGUCACGCUGGAGUCUUCUGCACACUUAAAGCUGCGCAAGAGUUGCGCAAUCCAACCGUCCGUCAACAGGAACACGAUGAACCUCUUGAUCGCAUCCCGUCAUGCCUUUCUCGUCAGCUGAUUUGAUCGCAUCAGUAGCACUUCUAUUUUCUUUGAUCACGAAUGACAGUGACAGCUUCCUUUGCGAUAUCGAGUCGACUCAUGACUAUAACUAUCAGUAAGAGGAGACAAAACAGCCACGAUCGCGUGUCGGCUUUUCAAAACUCACCCUUUAAGAAAAACACAACAAACAUGUGUGUGAAUUGGUACUAAUCAAAACUAGAGGAGCCAUGCUGGCCACCCAAACACCUGAGAGCGGCGCAGAGGCAAAAGAUGUUAAACAGUGGAUCAAGGAAAAGAUAGCACGGAUGCUGAAAGCCCUGCAGAAGCGAUAUAUCACCACAGACACAGUGGUCACCAGUGAGGACCUGGAAGCUAACCUGCUAUGUUGUGCUUUGGAAGCUGUCUUCAUCCACGGCAUCAAGAGCAAGUUCAUCAGACUGGAUGGAGGUCACGUGCGUAAAGGAGGGUCACGAGGAGCCCUUCCUCAGCCCGUCUUCUGGGGCCUGCUUAAGACCGUCACCCACAGGGAUGUAGUUCAAGAACUUGAACAUCUAAACUUCAUAAACUCAGACAUCGGCCGCUGUAGAGCAUGGGUUCGCCUGGCGCUGAACGACGGGCUUCUGGAGUGUUACCUGACCUCACUGCUCCGCGAGGGGUCCAACUUGGGCUCCUACUACCAGCCCGGGGCCCUUCUCAUGGACCCAGAAGACCGUGAGGUUCUUCUCACCCUCCUGCAGGGUUUGGCCUCGCUGACCUUCCAGCUCUCCUACAAAUCAUCCAUGCUGAAUGAGUGGACCAACACACCGCUGAUUCUUGCAGGUCUCUGCCCCCCCACGCCUGCCGACGAGCAACAGCUUUGCCCUAAACGCAAGGAGUCUUGGGAUACAGUCUCCCAGUCAUCGGGAGGGUCCGGAGGCUCAGAUUGGGCUCAGGAAGCGAUCCAGAGGGAGCCUAGGAGGGAGGGCUGUGAGCCAAAUACACAUCUGACCUCAUCGAACCUUAGUCUGGAUACGUCAGGCUCAUCGCAGCUGUCCUCCAGCCUGAGCUCUGAUAGUCUUCUGCAGGGUCAGGACCUCAGGAGUCCAGAGAAAGAACGCUGGAUCUGUGAUGUCAACAUCAGCCACAAUGCACAACAGAAGAACACAUUUACGGAAGAGAGCAGCUCCUGUAGUCAGGACUUGAUAAAGGAAGACUUUGAUGAGUUCAUACCGAGUGCUGCUGCCACACACAACAUCACAGAUGGCGAUGUGCAAAUGCCUGAUGCCCCCCCACCAACUGUGCAGGACAUGCACCAAUCAGACACACCCUUCACAGAGGCUUCUGGGCCUUGCUCAGAAAAGAUAUCCGCAGAAAUAAUAAAGGAGACAGAAGAAAAAACGACAGAAGUAUCUGACACUCUAGUUGAAACUACAAGACUGAAAGUUAGACAUGCAGUCAUUGAGACUUACGAACGUGAGAAGAAGAUAGAGAGCAGAGACUCCUCUUUUGGUUCCCCUGAAGUUUCUACUCUAUCAGAGACGGCUGAGAAGACCUCUGACCUUAAAGACCCUGACAGACUUACUCCAGAGACCUCUUCCGCCCCUGGUCCAAUGGAAAAGUCCAACCAUGCCGUGCUCAAACGUUCCACAAGUACUGUGAGCAGGAGAACAUCCUCUGACUCCUUGUAUUCCUCCUGUAAAUAUACAUCUUGGAUAUCGGAGGAGGACUUCUACAAACCUGAAGAAACGGGCAAUUCUGAAGGGCAUGCCAUCAUUGAUGUUACAAAAAUGAAUGGGCAGGUGACGCCCACCCCUGAACCAGACAGUCUCCAGUCACCACCUAGUGUAGUGCACCGGAGACAGAAUGGCCUGCCUAACCCAUUCAGGGGUCUGCUGAAACUGGGUCAGCUGGAGCGCCGUAGUGCAGUGGCCAUGUGGUGGGAUUACUACUGUGAGCUCUCUCCCUUUGAGUUGCGGCUUUACAUCAAUGCAGAGGAGCGCACCUGCUACGAAAACCUGUCCCUGCUGCGCUGCGAGGACGUCUACCUGUCCUCCGGUACUGAGGGACGUUUCCGACUCUCCUUCCAAGGCAAGAGACUCUAUCUGCGGGCGCCGUCUCGCGGAGAGGCCGAAGACUGGGUUGACCGCAUCGUGGAGGCCAUCAGCAAACUGCGACCCAUGCUGAAAGAUGAGCAGUGGGAGGUGCUGCAACCACCCAAUGACCAAGAAGUCCCAUCGCCAGCAUCGCCGCCCUCAAGCCCCGAGCACACCAUCAUAGAACUGCCUGAUUCUCCUCAGUUAGACUGGACCCGUCAUACAGACCCAGAACCGGAUGCCAUCAAGGAGGCGGUGGUCUAUCAGAACGUGGAGGAGAAAGGUUGGAGGUCUCUGGUGCUCUCGCUAUCCCUGGAAACUCUCAGGGGUUACAGGGUCCAAGAAGACUCAAAGACGCCCCUCUUCUCACACCCCAUAGGGGCCAUCAGGGACGUGGUUCCAGAUGUUUCUCUAGGAAGCCCUGCGUUCUUCAAGGUUCUGACUGCACGGGAGACCCUGACUUUGAGAGCAGAGAGUGGUGAGGAAGCGCGAGGAUGGAGAAGCCUCAUCAGAGGAGCUCUCGACUCGUAUCUGGAGUCCGAGGAUGACGGGAUUGUUGAGGGCGCCUCAUCGUCCGGUGGUGGGCAAGGGGGGAAUGUUCACAAACUGGUUCAGCACAGACUGAAGGGAGACGGGGCACUGCUAUCUCACUUGUCCAUUGUGCCCAAAGAGAGAGGACUAGAUGCACAAAAUUACAAAUGUGCAGGUUGCUCUAGGCAGAUCGGUUUGUCUCUGGGGAGAGCUAAACUCUGUGAGUUCUCAGGCCAGUACUACUGUGAGACCUGUCACCAAGGAGACACAAGCAUCAUCCCCUCCCGCAUGGUGCACAACUGGGACCUAACAUCACGUGAGAUCUCAAGACAAGCCCUGAAGUUGCUGGCUCAAAUUGAGCACGAGCCUCUCCUGAACCUUGACGCUCUAAGUCCUGACCUGUUUGAUCAUGCAGACAUCAUGUCUACUGUACAGAGCCUCAGACAGAGACUCCAUUUCCUUGGCGACUACCUCCUCAUGUGCCGCAGUGGGAUCAGUAAGCAAAUCCAGCCAAGACUUCAACAGAGGUGUUACUUAUUGGAGAGAAGUGACGUAUACAGUGUAUUGGACUUGCAACAGAUAGCAGACGGCCAUUAUGAAUCUUACCUGCAGUCUCUGAUUCAGUUUGGCUCCAAACACGUGCACAACUGUGACCUUUGCACCCAGAGGGGUUUUAUUUGUCAGAUCUGCAAUACAGACAACAUCAUCUUCCCUUUUCAGCUUGAGAGCACCUCCAGGUGUAAUGUGUGUAAGACGGUAUUUCACGCCUCCUGUAAAGCUCAGUCUCCGGUCUGUCCACGCUGCGUGAGAAUACAGAAAUACUUGGAGAGAGACUUGGAGUACUGAAAUGUUCAUGUUUCAUAGGAAACUAGCAACCACGGAAACGUUCAUGUUGCAUGUGUUUCUGUAGCUGCUGUAUCUGCAGUACUUAAACUCCAGGGUUAGUUUGAGCGCAGGUAAAAAGAAUCAGGUACUACAUUAUCGGUGUACUUCAUAAAAGUUCUGAUCUAAUUCUGCAUUCUCAUCUCGUAAGAAUGACCAUAACAGCAACUGAGAUUCUUUCGUCUGACUCCGAAAUUGUUAGUUUCUAUGGCAGCACUCAUAAUGCCAUAUUGGAUCCAUGUGCGCCUUUGUUGUUGUUAAUUGAAAAAUACAUAAUCACUACAUUCUUUAUCUCUAUACUGCCUUGCAAAGGCAAAAUGCAGUAACUACACAUUUUUGUCAAAACAAGUUAUAGCUGAUAACUUGUAAUUAUAAGUUCAACAAAAACGCGAACUCGGAAAUUCGUAAGUGCGGUAAUUCCGACCAUCUUUGUAGGAUUUUACAUUAAGCAUUUUGCGAGACUCCUCAUAAACUCAGAAACCUUAAGUGCACUUAUUUACAAACAUAUGUACAUAUUUACGCACCUUAACACACCUGGAAUAUGUACAGUACAUUCAAAUAUAAAAUGUCAGCGAUCAAUCUAUGCCAAACAAAUAAUUGUACUGGUACAAAAACUGCUAUUUUGUUCUCCCUAUGGACUUUAUGCACAUAAAGCACAUCAUUAUUCAAUGGUUAAUCCAUUUUCUGGCCAUCUGGGGUUCUGCAGGUCUUAUUAUAUCUUCUCAGUUCUCUUUCUUUGCUUAGUCAUUAUUCAUUCUGUCAGGCCAAGGAAGUCAUAUUUAUGGAACUCAUUAGGCAACUGAAUGCCAAGGAUCUUAUAAUUAUUGUUUUUAUAGUGCUGUUUUUUAAUGGCUUGCCAAGUUUUAUAUAAAGUAUUAAAUGUUUAAAAUAAAUUGUAUGCAUGUUACAUUAAUAAGCUUAUUCAUGUAUGUACAAGAAUCGUAUGCAUUAAUAAGAGUGAAAAUUAAAUAUGUAUGAAAUGAAGACACUUACAACAUACUUUAAAAAGUUUUUUUUUUUUUUUUUUCAUAUUCAGUGCCUUUAUUUUCAAGUUUCAGUUUCAUUGAAGCAUUUGUUAUCACUAAAAUUGUUGGGUUGUGCCAAAAAUGUAAUUACUGUAUUACAAGGUAUUGUGAAUUAUUUGCAAAGCAACUUCAUUGCUAACAUUCAUCUCUGUGGAUGAUACAAAAGAUAAAGAUAAAAUCUUUUAUAAACUUGUUUCCUGAUUUAAUGAAUACCACAAUCUUUUGCAUAAAAGCUGUUUUCUGAUAAAUGAGGGUUAACUGAUGUUUCAUUAGCACAUGUUUAAAUUAAAAACU